UUUACUAUGGCCCCGGUCUUUCAGCGAUCUUUUGGUUUUCAAGGCUGCAAACGUAUAGACGAAGCUGAAUACAGACACCAGACAAGCAACGGGUCUUCGAGAAGAGGUGUGGCCAAAAAGGGGCGUAUGUUAGAAGUAGAAGCGAGGGUGGUAACAGCGUCUUGGCGUCAUAGGCCAGUCAGCUGUCAAUGCCGAGAUAAAAACGAGUUGGAACUUUUAAAAAAAGUUUUAAUCUGUUAACUAAAGCGCCUACGGAUUGGGAAAUGUGCAUAUAAAGAAGCACCCUCGCAGCACGGCAGCCAGUCCUAAAUGGCUUCGAAAAAAGACAGAUAGAUAGGCAGCAUCAAACAGGCACCCCAGCGUGUUGAUAAAAGAUCACGGGACGUAACGCUAGCUAGCUAGAGAGCCAGCUAGCUGCCUCUACUGUAGUUAGUGGACUGGGCAGCUAGCUAACGUUAACUUCGGCGAAGCGAGCCAAGAAGGUUGCUAGUUGGCUUUCUGGCGAACGAAGAAGGCUGCACAGAAGUCUCGGCAGUAUAGACCUAUGCGACUGUUAUCAGGUUAGCGAUGGAGAUGAGAGAGGUUACCGUGGUGACCGGCAGCUUCGCGGGGUUCCAGCUGCUCUUCUCCGUGGCCAGUCCGCUGUUCUCUCGGCUAUUCGUGCCGGGCUACAGACGCCUGCCUCCCGCCAAACACACCGAGUGGAACUCCAGGCUUGUGUCCACCAUCCAUGCGCUGAUCGUGGGGCUUUUCUGUCUCUACAUCCUGUGGUUCGAUGAUGCCGUCAAUGCAGACCCAGUCUGGGGGGACCCUGGCUUGGUAAAGCUGAACGUGGCUAUAACCUGCGGCUACCUCCUAUAUGACCUUGUGCUGCUGGCCCGCAACUGGGCUACAAUGGGCGACAGCUUUUUCGUCUGUCACCACUUCGCGGCGCUGUACGCAUACGGAUAUGUCCUGACACAGGGCGUGCUUCCCUAUUUCGCCAACUUCCGUCUCAUUUCAGAGCUGUCCACACCGUUCGUCAACCAGAGGUGGUUCUUUGAAGCUCUGUCGUACCCGCGCACGGACAGGCAGGUGGUGGCCAACGGCGUUGCCAUGGCAGUGGUGUUCUUCCUGGUGCGUAUCGCGGUGAUGCCGCCCUACUACAGCCGGGUGGUGUCCACCUUCGGCACGCCGGCGUUCGAGCGGCUGGGCCUGGGGCCCCAGGUGGCCUGGAUCUCCUCCUGCGUCUGCCUGGACGUCCUCAACACCGUCUGGAUGUACAAAAUCGCCCGGGGGUGCUACCGGGUCCUGACCGGGGCCCAGGGAAAGAAGGCCAAGGGCGCCUCCUCCAACCAGCUGAACCACCACGACGGCGCCCACGGCAACAGCCACCGAGACUGAGCGGGUCACAUGGGAGGAAGGACCAAUCAGCGUGUUUCUUACCUUCUUUUUUUUUUUCUUUCUUUAAAAAAAAAAAAAAAAAAAUCAGUUGUGAAAAAGAAAUGGGGCUCUCCCACUGAAUCCGCAUCACCCCGGCCCAGCUCUGGUGGUAGGACUGCUCAGGGGCGCGGCCAGGGGCGCGUCCGAGUGCCUUUCCGAACCUGCGGCCCCGCCCGUUUGCAAAGACGGGUUUUCUGGACGUCUCUGAUCACGUCUGUCAGAAAAGGGGUGCACCCCCUUACCUCCACCCCCCUAUGUCCAGUCUAGAAUCUGUCAGGAAUGUCCCAUAAUGCAGUGUGGCUGAUGGGGCAGGGAAUCGUGAAUCGACUCGCCUGGCCUUGGCCCCCCCCCCCCAUUGGUUGAUGCAAAUCCCUGGUCAGCUGGACCAAGCCGGUCGUCCUUUUACCUUUUAGCCUCCAUGCUGUAACGCACCUCCACCCCCUCCUACAACUAACCAACCAGCUCUCAAGAAUCAGCCGGUAAGAGAAGCUGGAGCUGCUAACAACAGAAGCCUCUCACCCCCCCCCCCCCCCCAGACAGACCCUCCCAAAACACAGAACACCUUCCAGGCUGCCUGCGUUUCCUGCCCCCCAAACCCCCCCCCCCCCUCCACCAGCCGUCCAAUCACAGCGCCAGCCUCUUUCUGAAGACUGCGGAGCGCCUGCUUCCUCACGCAGCAUCAGUACCGUCCGCCUGGCCGCAGCCAGCCUUCCACGUUAGCGCACAAGGCCCCGCCCCCGUCCUCUCAAGGCCCCGCCCCCGUCCUCUCAAGGCCCGCCCCCGUCCUCUCAGGGCCCGCCCCCGUCCUCUCAGGGCCCGCCCCCGUCCUCUCAGGCCCCGCCUCCGUCCUCUCAGGGCCCGCCCCCAUCCUCCGCUCCUCUGAGUCCGCCUCCAUGUCCUCCAUUGUUUCUCCUUUUAGACUUGGACAGCCUGCCAAAGGGGGGUUUCUGGGUUGCUUAACUGCCCUCUACCCCUGCCCCCCCUUACUUCCGUAGUGGGAAACCCCUCUAUCCACCCCCCUUAAUUCAGUAGCGGGAACCCAGAACAAAGAUGGUUACUGAGCAAAGCCUGCAGCCGUGUUCAGUGUCAAAAUGUCUGGAGACGUCUUACUCGAUCCUUCCGGUUUGAAAUUCAGUUUCAAUGUCAUUUGAGUGCCUCCACUCUUCAUGUGAGUCCUGUCCCCAUGGAAACAUGGGGGGGGGGGGCGGUCAUUGUCUCUUGUGUGUGUUCUUGCCAACGUGUCCGUAGAUGUCUGUUGCUAUGUCUCGUGUUUGUGACAGAAAAUGCUACAGAAAAUGAUACCGGACGUCAGUUUCUACUGUAUUUUCUAUUCCAGUUUUUGCAGGUAACGCUACUCUCGUUUGAGGCAACUCUUCACAGGCUGCCCCGUUAACUCCCCUUCAGGUUCCGGUUUCAGUGUUGAUUUCCGUGUUGAAUUCAGUGUUGGUCUAUCAGAAAUAUGAUACCGCUCUGCAAAAUUCAUACCAAAGAGCCAUGCUGCCUUGGAUACCAUAAAGUGUUUAUCUUUCUCUUCUAUCCGUAACAGAAACCCGGCGUGUGGUGUGCACUGUUCUCGUCAUAUUCUUUAACUUUAAAAAAAAAAAAAUUGAUCAUUCCCGCGCGAGCAGAUGACGUUCGACGUGGUGUGGUCAUCGGCACUGCCCUCUCCGAUCAAAUCAAAUUAAUGCAAAUGUUCUGCCGGCUGGAGUGUCGUGUCGGGAUUUCGUCUUGAUAUCUUUCGGCCUCAAAUAACGUUACAUUUUGCAAUGAAUAAAAUGAAAUCAAGCUCUGAUGGUAGGGCUGUAAUCCGUAUAUUCUGCCGGGAUCUCAACUCUCGCUGCGGUUUGUAUCGCUCCCUCGAACGAACAAACGGUUGGAACGCUAUUGGCCAGGUGUAGGCUAAAUGUGGCCGUUUUGUAGAACAUUAAUUUCCUGCCGUUGAACCUUUUUUUUUUUUAAAACUAAUUGAUGUCUGUUUCGGUGCCAGAAGCCUUUAUCCUGGACAGCUGUAACCGGGGAUCAAUGAAAAGAAUCGUCACUCUUGUUGGGCCGUAAUGCACGUGUCUCGUUGUGACAGUGGCAACAAGGCUGCAUGAAUGUCGAAACCGAUUUCAAUCAAUUGCUUGGAGACGCCGGCCCGCCAAGAGGAGCUAUUCCAAAUUACUGUACCGGGUGAAAUGGAAGGCGCGUGACAUUAGCCAGUUCGUGAUAAGUUAAAUGUGUAGUCUACUGAUCAUGCAGUAGAAAGGUGGAUUUUGUUUAAUAUACGGUACAGUAGGAUGUACGGGUUACUAGCCUAACUGUUGUCUUAAAGCACAUUUAAAGCAGUUGUUCACACGUUUCAGAGCUGUCACCUUAAAAACGCAGAACAUAGCGUUUUCAUUAAGAAAUCAUGGCAUUUCAGUAACUCCGUUUCAACCAGUCAGAUGUAUUUAUUGGUCGUUGUUUUUUAGGAGAGGGUAGGCUUCAAGAUUGCACAGUGCCGGCUGAUCUAAUGACUGACAUUAGUUGCAAAAGCUGUCCGCGAAACAACAACAAAAAAAUUCACGCUGGGACGGUUUUCCGUUAGCACUGUUUCCUUUCAUUUUUCAAGCUGUGAGAAAUAUUUACAACAUUUCUGGAAAUACUCUAAUGGACAAAAAUAUUGAUAAAACAUUAACCGCAAUGCACCGAUGUAAAAUGGUGAACAGAAAAGCGCUGCAUUUGUGAAGAGACACUAUCCAGACAGAAACUUCCCGGUGUUUCGUGGAGGAGGGGGCUGGUCAAACCCCGUUACGCCUCACAUAAAAUCAUUAUAUUUAUAGAUAUGUUCAUUUCCAAGUAGGCCUAGCCUACAUACAGAUUUUAAACGGCAAUCUUUUUUUCCCACGAGAAGAGCCCUAGGUGCCUUUUAAAUCAUGCCUAAUAACUUUUAAGAUGAUUGAGACUUUUUUUUUCUGUGAACCCUGUGUGGCUUCCGUGGGUGAGGCUGUCCAGCAGGGGGCAGCUUCCUCAGGCCUACAUCCUGCUCACACGUGCGGGCGGGUUAUGCCGCCACGAGGAGGCCUUAAAUCAGCACUGCACAACGAGGCAGGCUCGCUUAUUAGUGCUGUGGCUGUGAGGCUUUCAGGAAUCCUAUGGCGAGCGGAGCUGAAGUCAGCUGUAAGAUCACUGGCUUGUUUGAACCAAUCAAAAAAAAAAGUCUCUGUUCUCCACAGCUAAAAUUGUUUCAAAGUAGAGAGUGACCGACAGCAUGUCGUUGCGUCCGUUUUUGGCUUAAUGACGUUUUUGCUCUUACGUCACUAGUCGUUGUAGCCCGCUUUCAACAGCUGGUGAUUCCUGAAGCCUCAGCUGUGAGGUCAGUCAUAACGGACACUUCAGGUGUGUACCGGGCACAUUUGAAAAGUAUUGCAAUGAUGAAAUGUUAAUCCUGCGGAGGGUAAUGUUAUUAAAUCAUUGGCUGCAUAGCUAAUCUUUGUUGCAGAAUUUUUUUUAGCCAUUAUGUAUAGUAAAAGGAUACUGUAAUGCUACUGUAUGUUGUGUGACUUCAUGCCAGAAUUUAUACUGAAUACCUUGUACCAGUAAGAACAUGUUAAUAAUCGGUACUGCACGAACAAGGGGGCGGGAUAGCCUGACAACUGAGUAAUUAAUGUUGUACCACAUGGAAUUGAUGCUGUCUGGGGUCUUUCGUUCUAGUAGCAGACCGGGUCGGUUCUGACGAAGAAACGACUCAAACCGUCGUAGGUUUGCUAAAGUUCUAUAAAGCACGCGCGGUUUGGGAAGUGUCGCCUUAAAAAAAUAAUGACUACAAUAAUGGAGAGUAUGAAUGAAUAAUAUAAGCACAAAAACUACAAGUGAAGGUUGAAUGUUUUGGUUGUUUAUUAGUUUGAUUUUUUUCAUUUUUAAAAACAAUGCAAUUUAUCCAUAUCAUUACCGCCAUUUGUCAUUUACUGUUUUAAUGUGAAGUGAACAUUGCAGACCCUGUCUGCUACCUGUCUCACCACCACGUGACUUAGACUGUUGUGCAGAACAACUUUGACUAAUGUUGUAGUGGUAGCACUCAAAAGGUAAGACUUACUUGAAAGUGUUGUGCUUCAAUAAAUUUGAAGACAAAAAUUGUU